AUGAUGAUGAUGACAUCGCUCGGUGGUGGUGGAGUCGAUGGCGGCGGCGGAGGGAGGUUUAUGACGUAUUCGUCGUCUCUUUCGGUUCCUCCUUCUGCUCCUCAUUCGCCUAGCUACUCCGGUGGUAUACGAUCACAGUCUUCUGUGUUCGUUGAACAAGAGAAGUAUCUUUCAGAGCUACUUGAAGAGCGCCAUAAGCUUACUCCAUUCUUUCCCAUUCUUCCACAUGCACGUAGCCUGCUAGGUGUGGAGAUUUUGCGUGUAACUAGACUGUUGGAGAAUGCCGCAGUUUUGAGUCAGAGUGGGUUUCACCACCCUAGCCCUCUAGGUAAUGGAAGGAUAUUUCAGAAUGCAAGAGCUGACAUGAGGGGAUGGGGAGCCUCACAGUUUCCAUCAGAGAGAUCUAUUCUAUCGUCUCCUGGGCCAAACUGGCUUAACUCACCUGGUAGUCCGUCUGGUCUGAUCGCUAAGCAAACAAUUAGGAUCGAUAUUCCAGCCGACGAUUAUCCAAAUUUCAAUUUCGUUGGUCGCUUCCUGGGUCCUAGAGGAAACUCCUUGAAUCGAGUUGAAGCAAGUACUGAUUGCCGUGUUCUUAUAAGAGGAAGAGGCAAAACUUAA